AUGAGAAGUGGAGUAGACUUGCUUUGCUUACUUCACCAAAACAAGGUUGAUGACCAUGGUACAAGUUCAAAGGUAGGGACAUUUCUGAAUAGAGUAUAUAGAGCUAUAAGCUCUCCAGUGGUCCAUUGGCUUGUUAUUUUUUUGUGCAUUUUGCAUAUGUCAAUUUUUUUAACAAUUUUCAUGGACAAAACACAAAACACAAGUAUAUACAAAUUUUGUCGAGAAAUAUAUCUUCCGAUUGGAAUGGUAAUUUCAGUUUACUGUGUAUAUGAUUCACUGGUUAUUUUAAUAUACAUUUGUAAGUUAUUGAGAGCAAAGUAUGAAGUUUCUGGUAAUUUGAAGGAUGAGUCGAUUAUUUUGAGGAAUUCUGUCGAGUUGCUUCUGAACUUGGUCAUUGGUAUGUCAAGCAUUACAGGCCUUAAUACUGAUAUUGUAGGAUUUGGUAAAAUUCUUGGCUAUGUUGCUAAUUGGAAACGUCUCUCUAUUUUUCUUCGAAAACAAGUUGGUCAGAAUAAGCGUUUUUAUACAAAUGGAGAAUAUUGUUUGGACCUGGUAUAUAUUACAGACAGGGUAAUUGCUAUGGGGCUCCCUGCAAUUAAUAUAGAAGCCAUCUAUAGAAACCCCAUUGAGGAAGUUUCAACCUUUUUCAUGACGAAGUAUCCUCGUAACCAUAUGAUUAUUAAUCUCUGUAAUGAACGGGAGCACUACUCUCUCAGCUAUUUUCAUAGUAUUGUCUCUUGUCCAUUUCCAGACCACCAAGUUCCUACGCUUGGAUCACUUUUUAUAAUUUGUUUCCUUGUCCUCAAUUACUUGGUAAGUGAUGUUAAAAAUGUGGUGGCAAUCCAUUGUAAGGGUGGUAAAGGUAGAACUGGAAUCGUUGUGGUUUCUUGGUUACUCUAUUCACGGCUCUGUUCAAGUUUAGAAGAGGCUCUUGAGUAUUAUUCUAACAGAAGAACGGAUUUCAGUCUUCCAGGGCGCAUCAAAACGAUCAAGAACCCAUCACAAAUCAGAUUUGUUCAGUACUUUUUCUUCCUUCUCAAAAACGCCUUCCCAGAAUCCGUAAUCAAACGAGGCUCAAAUUUUUUUUGGGAAGACCUUCAACGAGGCUUCCGUUCUGGAUACUUCUGGAACGUUUGCAAUUCCGAAUUGAGAAGGGUCAAUCAAAAAUGCGAAAAAAGGCAUUGGAAGAUUUCUGAACUACUUAGAGACCACUGUAUCUACCUUCCACAAUGUUUAACUUGUCCAACCUAUGUUUUCCCAGUUUCCAUUGUUGUCAGAAAUAAAGAGAGAAAAAUGAAUGAUAUCUUUGAAUGGAGAAUCUGUCUUCAUUCAGAGUAUAAUCGAGAUGCUGAGUACCUUUUCAGUGGUUUAACUACAAACUUUGAUUGGAAUCCACGUCAAACUGGUACUCAUUUAAACAAGUCUUUAUAUUCAAAAGGAGAGGGUUACCAGAUCUUUUUGCUCGAUUCUGAUCUAAAUAACCAAGCUAUGAACUAUUUUGGUCAGGAUCAAAGCCAACUUAUGCAUUCUGCUAAAUUACAAAUUGAGCAACUUGUCUCCAGCCUAAAAACCAAACCCUUUUCCCCAGAUAUUAUUUCUAGAACUAAUCAAGAUCGUCCAAAACCUUGGGUUGAAAGAGAGUUCGUUAUUAAGAUAUUUGGGUACGAAUCUCCCCAGAGGCACCUGCAGAAAAAUUCUCUUUCACCAAAUUUUAGGAAUAAGAGAAAUGAAAUCGAUUCAGAACCAAAUGAAAUGAGUUCUUUGAUUUAUGAGCCAAUCGAAAGCUUUAGGUCAUCUGAAGAGGAGGGGGAAAAUACUCAUAUACUUCGAAGCAUCUCUCUUAUAGAUUUUUCAAAUCCUGAACGCAAAAAAGAGCUUUCUAACCAUGUAAUCAAAGCAAUGAAUUCCCCUUAUAAAGAUAUUGUUGAUUUCCCAAUUAAAAAGAUUAAUGAGUGGGGAUCCUCUAGACACAGCUUCUCAAAUUCCUCUUUCGCUUUGGCCCACUUUUGGCUUUACCCUGCUCUUAUACAUACUUCUAACCACUCUAACCUUUGGACAUUCUUUCUGGAAUGGGAUGUUUCUGCUAAGAACUGGUUGAUCCGAGAUUGUUUCCUUUCUAUUUCCCUCAAGUAUAAGAAAGAAAUCGACGUCAGAUCAUCCUAUUUUGAAAAUAUUUGCAUAGAUGUAACCUUUCAAUAUAAAUGA